GUUUAAAAAGCGCACAAAUAAUUUAUGUAUGUUGCUUAACAAAUGAAUAAAUUAAUAAAAUCAACGUGACGAAAAUUAACUUAUGAUAACAAGGUGGUGUUGCCUAAUAGAAAAAUCGCACGUAACUCGUGGACGUGAUGAUAACAUUACGAGGCAUGGCCCUCGAUUCGUACGGUCUGUCACCUGUUUGGGGUGUGUCCGUGCGUUAAUCAAACACACAGCAAUCCAUUUGUAAACCAGACACAGUCGUGCAGCACACACAUGACCGCGUCACGAGCGGCCACCAGAACGUGACAUAUGGCAAUGUACUUUUAUGCCAGUAAGAUAUCAGCCAUAGCCUGCGGCACGCGUUGCAAGCAAACCGUGCUGCAAAAGUCGCGCGGUCAACGGGAUCGCGAUAGAAACAUAUAUCGGCAGCUCAGUAGAUGCCAUCAGCAAAGCUCAGAUAGCGAGGCAGGUACUGACGAAGCCAGCUGCGAGCCUGAAGCUGAGAAACUACCUCAACGUGCAAAUGUUAAUAUUUUUUCCCUCGAUGCCAGCGAAUUGAAUGCAAAAGAACCACCCUUCAGCCUGGAGCUGGGAUUUGAACAGGAAAACAAGGGCACGGGACCUCGGCGUCGGCACAAUUCGAAUCAGUUGAAUGGACGCGAUUUGGAAUUGGGUAUUCAGCAGUUUGAGCUUAGCACCGCAAAAUCCACAGCGACGGGCGCUGGCAAUGAUAUAUUUCAAUAUGCUGUGCCCAACAAUCCGCUUAGGCACCACCAAUGUGAUAUCAGUUCUGAGGCAUUUUUUGUUUUCUUUUUAAAUUUUGAAUAG